AUGUCUGCUUUCCCUCUCCUGCAAGCUCGACCAGCUGCUGGGAAUGUGUCGCACCAUAUAGAGCACCCCUCGUCGGCCUCGCGUGAGCCCAGCCAGACCCGCGGGCGUGCGCUGACUGCCUCGUCACGAACCAUUGCCUCGCGCUCCCAAACUCCGGCCGUCAAGGCUGCCAGCAGCAACUCGAGCCCCGACCGCACCCUGACGACGCUCGAGCGCAAACCCUCGGGCUCGUACGCCCACAACCGCAACACGUCCAUCGUCCACGGCAUCCAGCACUCGCGCAACACCAGCUUCGUCAACUCCCCCGCCACCAGCCCGCUGAGCCCCCAGAUCAUCGCCGCCGCCGCCGGGGCAACCCUCGAUGGAGCCCUCAUGUCGCAGGAAUCAAUAGCCGACGCCUUCGCCGCCAACGGCAUGCAGCCAGGCGCAGGCACGGGGAACGUCUAUGCCGGCGUGGGGCCCCAGGCAGCGUCCAGCGAUGGAAGCAUUUCUCACCGCAAGCCUGAGCGGGCGCCGAGUGCCAGAUCCGUGCGAAAGGGCCACAACCACCAUCGCUCUCAGUCGCGCCACCCGCCGCAUCCCCACGAACUCAAGACGGUUGGCGAAUAUGCCCUGCACCACCUCUUCAACGCCUUCAUCAGUCAGGCCGAGCAGAAGAUCAACCAGUGCAUGACGGAGAGAGGCCAGCCUGAGGCCCGCGUAGAGGGUGUCUGUGGACCUGGUGUAGACCCCACCUUCGACCAGCUCAUCGCGGCCCUGGGCCAUAUUGCGCGCCAUAAGCCAAAGCCGCUCAUAGACACCAUCAUGCUAUGGCGCAAAGCCAAGAGCGAGGAGGCGUCCAAACAGCGCACUCACUUACUUACUGCCCGACAAGCCAACCCAGGGCUUCAACUCCAUCCUGCGCUAUCUCGACGUAAUACUGAACCGGUCCAACAACUGGAUAAUCAAUCCGCAGCCUCUGUAGCAUCUGGCCCCGACCACAUCGUCGCUCUGCAGCAGACUGUCACGCAAGCCGAACAGCGCUCAACCGUCUCAACCUACAUCCUUUGCCGCGUCCUGAUCGAGAUCAUGACCCAAACCGAUCUCCAUAACCUGACUUUUGAGAUGGCCGACCGUCUUCUUGGCCUUUUCUACGGCCAGCUUAGCACCGUGGACCCUGACCUCGUGGACAUAUCUCCCCUCAACCUCGCCAAUUGGACCAUCUACAGCCAGCUGCUCGGUGUGCUGAGUGGCCUCAUUUUUGAGCAAGUGCAAGACAAGUUCAUCACCGACCUGAAGAUCGUCGAUGGUCACUUGGCCAUCAAGAAUCAGUACAACCGAGACCAUGAAGCCAAAGGCGCCUUGCUCAUUCGCGCUCUAAGGCACCUACAAGUGAAGUCCUAUCCUGAAGACACCUGGGACCGGACAUGUGAUUUCAUGCUUUCCAUGGCAAAGCUUUUCACCAGUGCCCACGGCCAGCCGGUCAAAUAUGCGUACUGCCAAGUCCUAAGGGAACUCUUAUUACGUAUCACCUCUAAAGCGACUAUUGAACUCAACGCACCUAGAUGGAAGACUGUGAUCGACAUGAUGAAGCAGCGCGCUGCCAUACUGCUGGGCAAGCCGAAACACUGGCACGAAGCCUUCCCACUCAUGGCCGCCAUCCUAUGUGCUUCUCCGACCGAAACCUUUCUCUCCCAAUGGCUUGCGCUCGCCUUGUCCACUCAGCCACGACUCAAAGAGCGCGCAACCAGAGCCAUCGCCCUUCGAGGCAUUUGUCGGCUAGUGUGGACUUACAUAUACAGGCGGGGAACCGAGGCACCAAAUGUCGCUGUUCGCCGGUUGGAAGAAAUCAUACGAAUGGUGUUCCAGCCCGGAAGGCGAUCGUACCUAUCAACUGAACCAGCCAUCGCUGAACCAUUGAUACAACUGACACGCAUUAUCGGCUACAAGUACCAAGACCUUUGCUUCAAGACCAUCAUCUUUCCCCUGCUCAACUCCGACAUGUUCCUGUCGGGCCGAGAAUUGCGCGUUGAAAACCUAGAGCCUGACCGUAUGGUCAUUGGUAUCCGCUCGUUUCUGGCCAUCAUGGCUGAUCUCGAAAACACGGAGCAGCCGCCUUUUCCACUUACGUUCGACUACGAUCCAAACGCGGUAUCGAACGAGCUCCCGGCUCUUCCUUCUAGUCCGCGGCCUUCACAGCCUCUACCCAUAAAGUCAAGUCUCCUCAAGGAAGAGCGUUUGUCGCGUCCUGUGAACUUCGCCGGUUUCGCCGAAGUGGCCAAGGAGUACUAUAUCCGCUUCUGUAAGAUCCUGGGGGAGAUCACCAUCAUCUGCGACAACGCAUUCGGAGGCCAGGCCGUACUCGACGAGAAAUUCUCUUCGCAAACACCAAAGACGCCUAUGGCGGCGGCCUUCAGUUUCGCUCCUCGUGAAGAUUACAUGACCACUACGGAUCCGCGGCAAGGGUUUUAUGACCUCUUGCAUGUCGCUGUUCAGGCUUUACCCCGCUGUCUGUCUCCACACAUACCAUUCAAUUCACUAGUAAACCUGCUGUGCACCGGAACAGCCCACGUACAGGGGAACAUCGCUGUGUCAUCCGCUCAAUCACUCAAAUCUAUAGCCCGACAAUCACAUGCGCAGCAAGUCACGAUUGGCUUUGCACGGUUCAUCUUUAAUUUCGAUGACCGUUAUGCCACUAUGUCUGAUGGUGGCAUGCUUGGGGCUGGGCACAUCGAGAAUACCUUGAAACUCUACGUGGAGCUACUAGAGAUAUGGAUUGAAGAGAUCAAGCGCAAGACACGCAAAGCAGCAUUGGAUACGCCAGAUGACGGUUCUGGUAAUCGCGCGGCUCUUCUUGAUCUGUCUUCAGUGUGGGCGCACGUUGACGAAGUUGAGUCCCAUGGUCUCUUCUUCCUAUGCUCGCCUUCACGUCGCGUCCGCUCGUACGCUGUCACAGUGCUGCGCCUCAUAACUGAAUUUGACACGGCUCUGGGAGGCUCCAAUACACGUGUUAUCCGGGUAAUGGAGGGCAGCCCCCAGAGAGUCCUCGACAUUAGCGAUGAAAAGUUGUCGUUGGCUGAGCGCAGUCGAUUGCAACGCGGCAUGCGCAAGAGCAAUGUACAGAGUACCCUAGUUGAGCUUUGUGGUAGCGACGUGCCGUACGACGCUACCCUUUGGUUCAAGAUCUUCCCGAAUCUGGUUCGAAUCAGCUUUGAGGUUUGUCCUUUCGCUGUGACUCUCACUCGUGACAUAGUCUGUGCGAGACUUGCACAGAUGUAUCGCACUCUAUCAUCCUUAGCCGAGGGUCAGCGCUCUACACCGUAUUCACCCUUCGAGCCCGGGAGUAGCAAGCUCAGCGGCCGCCUUGCUUCCACAUCACCGGAAGUCGUUAUCGAACAGUGGAAGUUGUACCUUAUAUUUGCCUUCACGACAUUGACAAGUCUCGGUCCGACGGCCACAUCAGCCACGCAAGGAAAUCACUCGCGUAAGAGCUCAAAAUCUUCACAAAUAAGCACGAAUAAGCAACAUACUGCUACCGAGUUGUUUUCCAAAGUCCUUCCGUUCCUGUCAGUGGACAAUGUCGCCAUUCGGGAUGCUGCGGUCAUCGGCCUCGGUUCCGUCAACCUCAACCUCUAUCGUACACUGCUCGAAUCGCUUCAAGGGAUCGUGGCUGCUUGCGCCGAGGAGGCGAAGAUGCGCUUGGGAAAUCACAACCGGACGAUCAGCAGUCCUCGCCCGAUCAACUAUCGAACUGACCAUCUUCGGACUGAGAUUACACACGUCUACAAACUGACCUCUCAGCAAUUUCUCAAACUCCCUGAGGCUCACAAUGACGAAUGGAUAAUCAACAAUCUCAUGAACUACACCAAGGAUCUGAGAAUAUUCCUGAGUGAUACGGAGGUCCAACUCGAAGCGCGCUAUCAGAAGCUACGUACGCACUAUUGUGGACUGGUGGAGGUUUUGUUUGAGGGCAUCAACAAAACCAGUGAUCCUUUGCAUUGGAUGCCUUUCCAAGCCCGGAAAGCUGCAUUCACAUUGAUGGAAGAGUGGUGCGGCUAUGCGGCAAACCAGUCUCAGAUCCGCCAGCGUGAAGAACAGAUGCGCCGUUCCAUGCUUGAUCGAGAGGUAGAUAAAAACAACAAAGGCAACGCGACUGCGGCUCUUGAGAUCGAAAAACGCGAUCUUCGAACCGCAGCGCUGAGUGCCAUGGCGGCGUUGUGUGGCGGGCCUGUGAGUAUUACCACUGACAGCAAAGUUCUGCUUCAGUUCGAUGUUAUACGCAUGCUCUCGUGGAUCCAGAGCAUCUUCGAAACCCCGAGCGAUCGGACACACGCGAUUGGUCGCCGAGCACUCACCAACCUUAUACUGCACAACCGCGAGCAUCCAUACUUGCUGGACAAGGCAAUCGAAAUGUGCUACCUCGCAGUUUCUGGCAAAGCGUUGGAAAGCUACUUUGAGGUUGUCACACAAGUCCUCACACAACAUGAGGACUAUACGUUGCCAUUCUGGAAAGUACUCAGCGCUGGUCUUUAUACGCUUGGACACGAGAAUAGCGAGAUACGCACCAAAUCAACGCGAUUGCUCCGAACGCUUGAAGCUCGCGAGGGCAAGAACUCGAAGUUGCAAGAUCUAGAUAUCAGCAUUUCUGACAAGACUGUUGCUGUCUACAAGCUGGCGCAAUUCGAGACGUCACGGAGGCUCGCUAAGCAGCAUGCUGAACUCGCCUUCCUGGUCUUCUCGCAAUUUUCCUACUACUUCAAAGAUCUCAAGCCUGACCACAAACGCAACAUGGUUGCCGCUAUGCUUCCUUGGGUGCAAUCCGUCGAACUCCAAGUAAAUCCGGAUGGAGGACCGACUGCUAACUCUUACAUGCUGCUUGUCAACCUCUUUGAAAUCACUUACAAGGCCGGCAACGUACUACACAAUGAGAUUCAGGCGCUCUGGCAAGCGCUAGCAACGGGGCCGUACGGUGGAAAUGUUCAGUUAAUAUUGAACUUCAUCAUCAACCUUUGCCUAGACAAACGGGAACAAAACUACGUCGACUACUCCAAGCAGAUCGUAGUCCAUCUAUCGAGUACCCCUGCAGGGCUGAAGGUGGUCGAAUUCUUGCUCCUACAGAUCAACCCGCGGUCCAUGGUAAGCGAAAAGCGCGAGCCUAUGCCACCACCACCAGACGCCGUCAAUCUACCAUACUUGGCCGAUCUCACUCAGGUCCUACCAAGUAGCAACAAGCAGGUAAGCAUAAAGUAA